GUGGUCGGAGAAAGUGGUUGAGUGCCAAUCUGAUAAAAAGCCUGAAAUCACAUCGUUGAGUAAUUAGACCGUGGAAAGUUGCUCUCGUUAAGCGAAUCAUGGAAGAAUCACACAGAAAAGUCCUAAAGAAGUUGCGGUUAAAGAUCUCAGGAAACAUCGGUGUAAGAAGUCUAAGAAGAAUAACCGAAGAACUCUAUUCUAGAGGUAUUUUGGACGAGAAUGACCGCCAAGAGAUACUCGCGGAAAAGACAACCGAGUACAAAGCGUGGCUUCUCUUAGAUUUACUGCCGCGGAAAGGUUCCCAGGCGUUCCCAGUGUUUUUGCAAGCUCUUCACAGCUCUGGUUCGAUUUUCUUAGCGAAUGCUAUUCGCUCGGAAUUGUCAGGAGAAGAACCUGCAGGAGAAAGCAAUGAAUGGAGACCAAAAUCUGUUGGUCUCCCAAGAAAGGUCCCUAAAUUUGUAGGAAGAAGGGAUGUUUGUGAAGAAAUCACACAGUCACUGGCAACUGAAGGAGACGAUAGCACUUGCCUUAUAACCAUAGUUGCUCCACCAGGGUUCGGCAAGACAGCGGUGGCCACAAACGUAGGAUACAGCAUGUUGCAUGAAGGGAAAGAUGUGCUGUAUUUUUCACUCAGGGAUAUGCGAAGGCUAAACCUUGCAGCAGAACAUAUGCUGAAGAAAUUUUUUGGCAUUUAUGCGGAGGAAAAUCCAGUCAUGCAGCUGACAAGCCAUCUAAGUUCCCUUCAGCAUCAGACUGUGCUUAUUUUGGACAAUGCCGAAGACCUUCAAAUAGGAGAGGGGUCAAACUUUGAGGGUUUUUUAAAGGAAAUUGGUCAACAUGCAUUAAAUGUUGUCACACUCAUCACAAGUAGGAAUGCAGUGUCAAAAUUGGAACUCUUCCCCUUUGGCACCAAACAUAUUCCCCUAAAGCCGUUAACUAGCAAGGAUUCCUCAGCUUAUCUCAAGAAUCACGUGCUCAACAUUUCAGACCAUUGGGCACGGGAAUUUGCCAAGGCCUGUCGUGGAGUUCCUCUGCUGUUAACAAUAACUGGGUCAUUUUUAAAACAGAAAACAAUUGAUCCAAUUGAUCUCCACAUGCAACUUCAAAACUGUCCGCACAGUUUCCUCAAAGUUAAGAAUGCAAAAAUUGAAGAGCUGUAUUCUCUUCUUAGAGUAUUUUACAACAAUUUAGGUCCUGACAUGAAGGAAUAUCUUGCCUAUCUGGCAUCAUUUCCUACAUCCUUCACCAAAAAAGAAGCGAAAGAUGUAUUGUUUCCUAAUGAAGAUUAUUUCACCUUCCAACUUGUACUUGGUGAUCUUGAACAACAUUCACUUAUUCAACAAGUUGAAGACCAGAAUAACCUGGAGUGCAGCUACAGUUUACAUCCUCUGGUACAAGCCUUUUGUAAGUCUACAAGAGAGGAUUCUUGCACAGGGUACAAUACAGCAAUCAGACGUUUUUCAAAACAUUACCUUUCACUGCUGCAGCGGCUCAAUGAUGACUUCAUCAGCACAGACUGCAAGACUGUCAUUGACGAGUAUCAUGACAGAAAGACAAACAUUUCUCAUGCCAUUUUGGCAUCAAUAGAAGAUGAUGAUUUAAGACAUUAUGGGCUUCAGGUCUCCACUGAAGCUGUCAACUUCUUGGCAAAGGUCAUGAAACUGGAUGAGUUCAUGUCUUUGUAUUCUCAGUGUUUGCGAGUGGCAGAAGGAAUGCCUGACAAGACCCUGUACAGNGCCUAA